CGAGUGUUAUCGUAGCUUCGGUGUAUGACAAAACAAAAUAGAACAAGUCUUUCAACUUUUCAGUCCCCGUCAGCUGCUGCAUUUUGCCAUUACGUACGUGUCCUUUAAGGGAAGGCGUGGCAUCUUUUUGCAUUUUAAUAUAGCUUUAAUGCGGAAGACUAACAAGACGUUACAAGUUUCUGACAAAAGCCUUUCAAAAAACAAGAGACAACUUCCUCAGGACUAUUUCUGAGACUUGUACUUAUCUGCUGAUCAAGCUAAAACACAACCCAUGUGGCCAAAUCAAGGUCCUCCUCCCCUUCCAAUGGGUCAACAAAAUCCUGCAUUCCCUCCUGGAUACAAUGCUCCAUAUUUACCUGCCCCUGGACCUGUGAUCUACCCCCAGGCUCCAUAUCCUGCUUACUCUGGAUACCCUACAGCCCAGUAUCCUCCAGGCCACUACUCCACUCCUGUGAGCCCAGCCAUGACCCAUCAUGGACCUCCAGGACUGAUGCCCCAUGGACCUCCGGGGGUUAUGCUCUAUGGACCUCCUGGACCUCAUGCAUAUCCCAUGCAUCCUGCAGGACAUCCUUGCCAUCCCAAAGGUGUUCAUUUGGGUCACCUCCUGCACAACCCAAAAGGUUUCGGUCAUGGCCCACACAAAGGUCAUCAUCAUCAUCAUCAUCAUGAUGGGUUUAACCCUUCGGCUGGAAUAUUAGCUGGAGGAAUGACAUUGGGAAUGGGCUUACUUUCUCACAAAUCUGAUAAGAAAAUGAGGAAAAAGAUGAAGAAGGCUCACAAAUACCACAUGCAUGGUCACUACAAGCAUGGCAAGUGGUCCAGCAGCAGCAGCGACUCAGAUUGAGGCCUUCAGAGAGUGAAUCAUCCAAUAAUCCAACUAAUUCAACUAAAAUCACUGCACAAGUACAUUAUGUUAUAUCUGUUACAGUGCAUUUCUGACAUUUGAAGACACACAAAGCUAUUUCUUCCAGGCCUACAUUUAAAUUUCAGUCAGAGUGUACAGUUGAAGUAAAGGAUUUUGGCGUAUGGAUUUCUUUGCUAGUGCUUUUUUGUUGUUUUGUUUUUUGUUUCAUUAGUGUAAAUGCAAAAAUACAAGUCAUCAAAUAUAAAAUUGUCUUUUACUUGAAUUUGUAAAUGUAUUUAAUAAUUUUGUAUUACAAUGACUGUACUAGACAACUGGUAGUGUGCAGAGUAUAAUAUAAUGACAUGUUGAGCAUUAACAAGGUAUAAUGUUUUUUUUCUUGGAUUUCUAUUCUAAUUUCUUUCAAAACUUAUUAAAAAUAUUUAAAAUGCUACUGCAUAAUUGGAUGUACAGUCAUACCCAUAACAGAUUCACAUUUUGUCUUGUUACAGUCACAAACUGCUGAGUGUUUUGUUGUAAUUUUGUGUAAAUAAAUCAAUACAAUAAAAACUAAAAUCUACAAA